CGACAAUGCAUUGUCUAAUCGCACCCUUCCGUCGGGCGUCACUCUUCAGCCAACGUUAGUGACGGGAGCCGUCCAUAUGAAGGAUGGCAUCAAAACGGACGCAAAACAAUCAGAAUCCAAGUCUUUAGUAACACUUUUCGAUACAAGAACUUUGUUCACAACUUUUACGUAUUUCACAACUUUCUAUACACACGACACGUCCAUAAUAUCGAGCUCUGAGCAAACCGUGUCUAAUGUGGUGACCAUUCCGUACACACAUAUAGUGGACAGUACUUCGCAAUCCAUUGCGCCGACUGUUGUCUUAGAAACGUCCGAUCGAUUGCGAACCGAAACCGUUUACUCAACGUACACUUAUUUCGCCACUCUUUUCAAUGGCAGCACUUCAACGAUCACUCCUCUCGAGGAAAUCAAGACCGAAUACUUCACAUUUAAAGAGCCGUUGACUGUCACCAGAACUAUAGUGCCCACCACUACAGAACAGGCGUCGCUCAUCACACGAACCUAUUUCACCACUUAUACAAAUUUGGUCACAUUCUUCCAGAACAACAAACCCGUCACUUCCACUCUCGAGGAGACAGUUAGCAGUGAAAUCGUGUACACUGUCCCUAAAGUGGAGGCGUCCACGUCGUCGAGCAGUUCAGUAAUUAGGGCGACACCGGCUCUGGAGGCGCCUGUAUUGCGAACCCGAAGCACUUACACUACUUUAACACACUAUAUAACACUGUUUAGCGGCAGUCAAACCAUCCUCUCGUCCAUUGAAGAAAUCAGUCCAACAGUUGUGACCGAAACUGUGGGACAGACUAUAGACUCCACAACCGAUUUUCCACCGGCUAUACAAUACACUCAACCUUCUCAGAGCGCUUCCAAACAAUCCAAAGACCUGUAUUCAGCUUUGGUUCCCAGUAUUAGCACUCAUUUUACGACUCAUACAUAUUUCACAACACUAUUCAGUGGCACCACUUCUACCGUAAUAAGUCGUAAACAGACGUCCUCUUCAGUAGUUACUCUAUUUGUUCCGCAAUCGGCGGCACUUCCUUCCACUCAAAGCCCGUCGCUUUCAAUCGAUUCUUCAGAGACUGAUAGAAGCAAAACAGAGUAUAUGAUUGAACCGACGCCUGUAUUCAUGAAUCCAUUGGUGGCCACAGAAUCGCCUAUCGAUGAAGAGAAACUCAAAUCGAGUCAACCCUCGUUGAGAAUCGAUAGCACAAGUUAUGAAGUGUUUGAUUCAAGUAUGAUAUCUAAAGUAUUUGAAGACUUGAGAAGUUCCGAGGGAUUGACUGAAGAGCAGUUGUCAUCAGUGGUGGCAGAAGUGGGCGCCUCGACCACAAUCCUCGACGGCUCUACUAUUGUCUUCUUCACGAAUUUCAUACUUCCGUCGACAACAGAAGACAACGGCAACACAAUGUCAACCGAUGCUAACAAUGUGGCUAAGGGUCCGGCCGGCGAUCUGGUCAGCUCUUUGCUCAAUAACGCCGACAUGUCUUUACUUAACGAUCUGUUGGCGUCUCGAAUAUCAUCGGUGAGGGCCUCUGCCUCUCCUGUUUAUAUCACUCCACACCUGACACAAGAUCCGGGCUCUCAGAUGACUGCCAUCAAACCCGGAGCUGUCAUUGAAUUAAGCGAUUUGUUGGACGGCGCGAAUCUGGCCGGCAAUAUAGGCGAAGCCAUCAAAGAUAUCAUGACUGCCAUCAAACCCGGAGCUGUCAUUGAAUUAAGCGAUUUGUUGGACGGCGCGAAUCUGGCCGGCAAUAUAGGCGAAGCCAUCAAAGAUAUCGUUGGCCUUCUGGCCAAAGCACCGAAAGGAAAGAAUGGCACACAAGAAGUCGACCGCUUUAGUCCAUCUAAAGAUCUGCCACCGCGUGAAGGGGCGGCCGUUCAUAAUACUCAAGACCCGGUUUAUAUACCGAUGGGAGCGAUGCAUAAACCAAAUGCUGUUCCAACAAACGAUAAGAACACCCGAAGAAUUCAAAUAAAUCCUUCGAGUACUGUUGGUUUGGGCGGAACCACAACUCUUCCCUCCAGUGAUAUCAUUGGAUUGGAUGCCUUCCCUAUUGAAAGUUCACUACAAGUUAAUAAAAAAGUAUUGCAAAUAUCUAUUGACAGCCAAAAGCCAACUCCAGUACUCAUAUCAAAGGUAAUCAAAACUAUAAAUCCAAUGAAGACGGCCAUCAGUAGAGUCUCUUCGGGAGCGACCACUAUAUUCUUUACCGAUUCGACCCAUCAUUUGUCACAAAUGCCAUCAUUUAUUGACUCUAAUUCUCCCAUUGAAUCGACUAAAUAUAUGACUGCCAUCAAACCCGGAGCUGUCAUUGAAUUAAGCGAUUUGUUGGACGGCGCGAAUCUGGCCGGCAAUAUAGGCGAAGCCAUCAAAGAUAUCGUUGGCCUUCUGGCCAAAGCACCCAAAGGAAAGAAUGGCACACAAGAAGUCGACCGCUUUAGUCCAUCUAAAGACCUGCCACCGCGCGAAGGGGCGGCCGUUCAUAAUACUCAAGACCCGGUUUAUAUCCCGAUGGGAGCGAUGCAUAAACCAAAUGCUGUUCCAACAAACGAUAAAAACACCCGAAGAAUUCAAAUCAAUCCUUCGAGUACUGUUGGUUUGGGCGGAACCACUACUCUUCCCUCCAGUGAUAUCAUUGGAUUGGAUGCCUUUCCUAUUGAAAGUUCACUACAAGUUAAUAAAAAAGUAUUGCAAAUAUCUAUUGACAGCCAAAAGCCAACUCCUGUACUCAUAUCAAAGGUAAUCAAAACAAUAAAUCCGAUGAAGACUGCCAUUAGUAGAGUCUCUUCGGGAGCGACCACUAUAUUCUUUACCGAUUCGACCCAUCAUUUGUCACAAAUGCCAUCAUUUAUUGACUCUAAUUCUCCCAUUGAAUCGACUAAAUAUGUAACAAGUGUUGAGAGCACCACAAAAACGCUAACUCUCACCACAACUAAGGUUUACUAUACACGAGAUUCUCCACUAACCAUAACAUCCGUAUUGACCACAACUAUUCCUCCGCGAACUUUUGUGUCCACAAUAAUUGGUUCGCGAACUAUAUUGGGAACGGCGGGCGAAACACACACCGAAUCAAUCGCUCCGACACAAGCGGCUAAAGGGGUUUCGGCCACAGCUGUGCCCACACGCAGACCAACCCGAAAGCCGGGAAGCGGUCCAUUCAAGGCACCGACGAGGGCUCCUGAAGUACCCAAGCGUUUCCAGACACAGUCUCCCAGACCAAGGGUGCCAUAUAAGCCACCGCCACCCGCAGAGCGACCCGUAUUGAGUGGUGUGAGUGAAACACCAUAUGUUGCCAAUAAGAAGCCAACAGCAGCUCCGGCACCCAAGACAACCACUCGUCCCAGCAUUUUGGACAUCGAUCAGUGCAAACCCGGAUGUAAUGCCGCCAAUAAAGAGAUCUGCAAAGAGAUUGACGGAAAGUAUCGAUGCGAUUGUCGACAAGGAUUUAUUAGAAGAAACGACGACCUUAUUUGUCAGGAACUGCACAACUAUGUGGUUGUGGUGCGAGUGAUGAAAGUGGGCGAGUCUGAGGUCACGUGGUUUGAAGAAUUCACAAACAAUAGUUCCGGCGAAUACCAGAAUUUGGCCAAAAUGGCCAAAAAACAAGUGGACAGCGCGUACUUGGGCUCAGACGUGAAGGAAGCCUAUGUCGGCGCCGACGUUCUCGGCAUCGAUAAAGUGGCCGAUGGAGGCAAUGGAGUGCUCGUUAACCUAACCGUUCACUUAACCAAACGAAAUAAUGUGGACGAAGACAGUCUUCGCGAGAAACUGAUCAAGAAAUUGGAGCAAAACUCAGAGUUAUUACCGAAUCCUGAGUACGUGUCCGCCGAUGUGGAGGAUGUGAUUGAUUUCGAUGAAUGCAGUUCUGAACAGUACAACGAUUGCGCGGCCUCUGCCCGCUGUAUCAAUGAGAUGGGAACCUAUCGGUGCGAGUGUCUCAACGGCUACCCAGACCUCGACAUCUCACUGCCCGGAAGGGUCUGCGCCUCAGAGAUCAAGGGCUGCGAGUAUUGUCACGGAAGGGGUGACUGUAUUCGCGAUGACUCCGGACUCAGCAAUACUUGUAAAUGCAAUCGUAUGUACUUAGGAAGAAGGUGUCAGAUCAAUGGCCUCCUGUUGGCGAUAGUGCUUCCGAUCGCAGCCAUCCUCUGCAUUGUGUCCAUCUGUUGUAUAGUCUAUUGUUGCCGGAAAUGGAGGAAACGCACAAUUUCUAAGGGUUUCAGAAACCUGUCAUCAUUUGGUCCGACAGUAAUUGGCGGUACUUUAGACCGAAAGGCAAUGUUAGAGACAUCGAGCGAAAGCAGUGAUCACCUGAGAUCACAUGUAUAUGACGGACCCGGAAUGCUUCCGAACGACCCGAAUGGCACCGAUUCGCAGAGAAGGAGAGAAAGUGAGCCGAGUUUGGACCGAAGCAUGGGUUCAGUGGGCGGGCCGUACAACAGUUUGCCCCCUCAGAUAGUCAUACCACGUGCCCGGCAUUCGUCUCAACAGGUAAACUAUGCCAUACAUCGCGGACAAGUGUAUAUGUGGUGAUCACUGUAACCACUUGUGGC